AUGGCAGGAGGCGAGAGGAGACGCAGAAGGAAGUUACAAUUAAGCAAGCUCUUCACACUAACAUCUGCUAAAGCUUGUUUCAAGCCAGCACAUUCGCAAAUUGGACGAUCUGGUUUCUCUCGUGUGGUUUACUGCAACCAACCCGAUUCCCCUGAAGCUGAUAUUGAGGUGAAUAACAGAAAAGUUGGAGUGCACAGAGGCAAUGGGAAUUUCGAUCUUAAGGAAUGGAAGACGCUAAGAGUUGGGGAUAUAUUGAAGGUAGAGAAAAACGAUUUCUUUCCGGCAGACCUUGUCCUGCUUUCUUCUAGCUACGAGGAUGCUGUUUGCUAUGUAGAGACAAUGAACCUUGACGGGGAAACAAAUCUGAAACUUAAACAAGGACUAGAAGCAACCAUGUCGUUGCGUGAAGAUAUUGACUUCAGGGAUUUUGAGGCUUUUAUCAAAUGCGAGGAUCCUAAUGCUAACUUGUAUUCGUUUGUCGGUACGAUAGAGCUUCAGGGAGGUAAGUAUCCUCUCUCACCACAACAGCUUCUUCUAAGGGGAUCAAAACUCAGGAACACAGACUAUAUCUAUGGGGUUGUUAUCUUCACGGGUCCUGAUACAAAGGUUGUCCAGAAUUCAACGGCACCUCCGUCAAAGAGAAGCAUGAUUGAGAGGAAGAUGGAUAAGAUUAUAUACCUGAUGUUCCUUAUGGUAGUUUCAUUGGCGUUUUUGGGUUCGGUUUUCUUUGGAAUAUCAACAAGAGAAGAUUUACAGAACGGCAUCAUGAAAAGAUGGUAUUUGAAACCGGAUGAUUCCAGUAUCUUCUUUGACCCAAAGAGGGCGCCUAUAGCUGCAAUAUAUCACUUUCUAUCGGCGCUGAUGCUAAACAGUUACUUCAUUCCUAUCUCCUUGUAUGUGUCGAUAGAGAUUGUCAAAGUUCUUCAGAGCAUCUUCAUCAAUCAGGAUAUCCACAUGUAUUACGAGGAAGCUGACAAACCAGCACACGCACGUACUUCUAAUCUGAAUGAAGAACUUGGGCAAGUGGGUACAAUUCUAUCUGACAAGACAGGAACAUUGACGUGUAACUCCAUGGAGUUCAUCAAGUGUUCUAUUGCUGGGACAGCCUAUGGCCGUGUUGUUACAGAGGUGGAGAUGGCUUUGAGUAGGAGAAAAGGUUCUCCUUCGGUCAAUCAAAGCAAUGGAAGUGUUACGGAGUUUGCUGUUGCUGCAGAACCGGCAGUGAAAGGAUUCAACAUUAAAGAUGAAAGGAUAAUAAAUGGAAACUGGGUCAAGGAAACGCAUGCUGAUGUCAUUCAGAAAUUCUUUCGUUUAUUGGCAGUGUGUCAUACAGUCAUACCUGAGGUGCAUGAAGAUACAGGAAAGAUCACCUACGAGGCUGAAUCACCGGACGAGGCAGCAUUUGUUGUUGCAGCAAGGGAGCUUGGGUUUGAGUUUUUUGUUCGAACUCAAACAACAAUAUCCGUAAGAGAGCUAGACCCAGCGACUGGCCGACAAGUUGAAAGGCUGUAUAAAGUGCUGAACGUGCUUGAAUUCAAUAGCUCAAGGAAACGGAUGUCCGUAAUAGUGCGGGAUGAAGAUGGCAAACUCCUUUUACUUUGUAAAGGAGCAGACAGUGUCAUGUUUGAAAGACUUUCCCGAAACGGUAGAAAGUAUGAAGAGGAAACCCGGGACCAUGUGAACGAGUAUGCUGAUGCUGGACUGAGGACUUUGAUACUUGCGUAUCGUGAACUAGAUGAGAAAGAAUAUGGGCUGUUCACUGAGAGAAUCAGUGAAGCCAAGAAUUCCGUUAGUGCUGAUCGAGAAGCACUGAUAGAUGAAGUCACAGAGAAGAUUGAGAAAGAUUUGGUUCUUCUUGGAGCUACCGCUGUUGAGGAUAAACUCCAAGAUGGGGUCCCUGAUUGCAUUGAUAAGCUUGCUCAAGCAGGAAUAAAGAUUUGGGUAUUGACUGGAGACAAGAUGGAGACUGCUAUCAAUAUUGGCUUCGCUUGUAGUUUGCUCAGACGAGACAUGAAGCAGAUCAUAAUCAACUUGGAGACCCCUGAGAUCCAGGAGUUGGAAAAAUCCGGAGAAAAAGAUGUCAUUGCAGAGGUAGUGACAAGACUAGUCAAACUUGGAAGCGGUCAGACGACACUGGCCAUUGGUGAUGGCGCAAAUGACGUUGGAAUGCUACAGGAAGCAGAUAUAGGAGUUGGGAUUAGUGGUGUGGAAGGAAUGCAGGCUGUAAUGUCCAGCGACAUUGCCAUUGCUCAGUUUAGAUAUCUGGAGCGCUUGUUACUCGUCCAUGGACACUGGUGUUACAGGCGGAUCUCAAAAAUGAUUUGCUACUUCUUCUACAAGAACAUCACAUUUGGUUUCACUCUCUUCUUAUAUGAGGCAUACACAUCAUUCUCAACGACACCUGCUUACAAUGACUGGUAUCUAUCUCUGUAUAGCGUCCUCUUCUCGUCUCUUCCUGUAAUUUGUUUGGGCAUCUUCGACCAGGAUGUAUCUGCACGGUUUUGUCUCAAGUUCCCCGUAUUGUACCAAGAAGGUGUGCAAAAUCUUCUCUUUAGUUGGCGCCGGAUACUCAGCUGGAUGUUCCACGGCUUCUGCAGCGCAAUAAUCAUCUUCUUCCUCUGCAAAACCUCUCUCGAAUCUCAAGCUUUUAACCACGAAGGGAAGACCGCAGGGAGAGAUAUCCUAGGAGGAACGAUGUACACAUGUGUGGUGUGGGUUGUGAGUUUGCAGAUGAUAUUGACGAUCAGUUACUUCACAGUGAUCCAACAUCUCGUCGUUUGGGGAUCUGUGGCUUUAUGGUACCUCUUCCUGAUGGUGUACGGAUCCCUUCCAAUAAGAGUAUCAACAGAUGCCUAUAUGGUCUUUCUUGAAGUUCUUGCCCCUGCGCCUUCUUACUGGAUCACCACUCUAUUAGUGGUGCUAUCCACAAUGAUGCCUUACUUCAUCUUCUCUGCAAUUCAGAUGCAGUUUUUCCCAAUGUCACAUGGGAUUAUAAGGCUGCUUAAAUACGAGGAUCAGUGCAAUGACCCUGGGGAGUUAGAAAUGGUGAGACAGACAUCAGUAAGGCCUGUACUGGUCGGUUUCACAGCUAGAAUAGAAGCCAUAAAGAGAUCGGUCUUGAGAUCUCAUUAGCCAGAAUCUUGACAAGUGAUGAGAUUUCCUCGGUUUAUUUGGGUUUUAGUGGCUUUGCAUAAUGUAAAUAGGACCAAAUAAACUGCAGGCUGGAGGAAAAAAACGGUAGAUCAUUACAAGAAUAUGAAGAACAGAGUGUAGCCUAAUUUUGUAAAUUUCUGAUUAUUACGGCCUUGACCGGUAGAAUGUUUUUUUGAAGAACAAGAGCUUAACAGAGCGUUUUAUGUCAAGAACCAUCUAAUUAUAUACUAGAAAACAAUUGAAUAUUUGUACAUGAGUUAAGAUACGAGCAAAUAAAGAUUUACAAUUUUGGAGAAAG